UGUGUAGUGUGAAACAAUGUGUGCAUAUCACAUUUGAUGUGUUUCCCUCUCUCUGUAUGUCUAUGUGCGAAGGUGCAGUUUUCCUGAAAAGACCUCAUCACCAUCAUUCCCACAUAUUGAUUUAAUUUGCUGGCGGGAUAUAUAUCUACUGCUACUGCUCCUUUGGUUUUUCAGCCUUUCCCGUUUUCCGGGUCUCUUUCCCUACACCUUUUGUCCAUCCUGUUUUUUCGUGUGAACAUCACAAUAAAGCUUUUCUAAAAAAUAAUGGAAACGCGUAUAAAUUAAUUGUAUACGUGCGUGCUUGGGUGUGUGUGUGUGUUCGUCAGCACACACAACACGUAGAGAUAAAUAUCGAUCCGAACAUCCAGGAAGAACCAAAGAAAAGUAAAUAAAUCGAACGAAAAGUAAAAGGUCACUAAAAACCAAGCCGAAAAAGAAUAGGCCAACCAACCCAGUUGAUUUAGAAAGUAUAUAUAUAUACUAACUACACUGAUCAACACUUGUUCAUUGCACACAUUAAUUUGGAAUUACGUAAUCUCACUUUAAACGCCUGUUCACCAAUAAAGGAGGCGAACGAAUCAUGGAAAAUGGGGAAGAUGAGGAAGAGGAUGAUUUGUCUGAAGGUUCUCUGAGUCAAUCACACCAACCACACCAAACGAUACAACUGAGAAAUAAGCCAACAACGCUAGGAGGAAAUCAGCGACCGGGUAGUCGAGCGCCAACCAUGACAAUUGAUGUUGUACGUGUCGGGAGACCAUUAAAAAUUUUAGCCUUUUUAUUAUCCGUAUUCAGUUUGCUGUUAUUUAUUGUUGGUUCUGUGAGCACUUCAUGGAUAUAUAUUGAUUACAAAUCGAUUGGUCUGUAUCAGCAAUGUGAUGUUCCUUCAGUGAUGGAAGCUCCAGAAAGCAAUAAACAAACUGGCAUAGUAUCAGUGAGCGCAACUGAUGAUAUUCAGAGAAUUUGUCAGUAUCGUGAUUUUUUAAAUAUUGAAAUUAUAGGUUGUAUCCUGCUUGAUUUAACCGCGUUGCUGUUCAAUCUCCUUGGAUGUUCUUUAUUGCUAAGUGGUAUAUUCUCGCUGAAUCUAAAACAUAAACGUAUCUUUUAUCAUACAUCAGUUAUUUUGAAUACAAUUGUGUGUAUUACAAUGCUACUGGGAGUCAUUCUGUUGGCGAUUACAAGUGCUGAGGACAACAAUCGUGAUGACAGAAAGAUGAUGUCUGAUGGGAGAAGUAGUACUAGUACUAAUACUAACCAAUCAAUAAUCACUGUCGGUUGGUCUCUAAUUAUUGUCUGCUGUGGUAUCGUUAUUCUUGGUAUUGCCGUCUGUUUAGUUCUGUACGACAGAGGUGGUGAAGAGAUUGAAUAUCGCGAGACAAUACAUAGGUCAUCAAAUUAUAUUGAAGAAGAUGCUUAGAAAAAUCAAAAACACAUGAUAAACAAAUAAGCAAACACAUACAAUUACACACAACAGAUACAUUAUAACGCAAUGGGGAUGAGACAGAAUGACUGUUUGUUUGUCUGCAUGUGUCUACGAUUCUAAUCAGCAGAAAAGAAGAACGGGAAAAUGCUAAUACUGCAAUUUCAAAUGUGCAAUAUACAUCUACCAAUCAGAUUUUAGCAAUUACAUACAUAAAUGAUGGCAAGCUAGACAGACAGACUGUAUUGCAUUUUACAACCAAUCACAAAAUAGCUUUCUGUUUAAAAUCGAUUGACUGAUUGAUUGGUGGUGGUAUAUUAGAAAUAUUCAUGUUUUCGCCUCCUUCCUGUUUUUUUUGUUGCCCUCGAAAUACAAUGCAGGUACCCUUCUAGAAGACAAUUACACACACGCCAAAUUUGAUUUAUAAAUCAAUAUUAUUACUAUUAUCCUUAUUAUUGUUAUUGAAGAAAUAAUAUGCAUAUUCGGAAUUUUUUACUUUUCUGUACACUCAAGUUGCGAAUAAUUUGACAAGAUUUACAGAAACUAAAAAAUGUUGACGGAUACGCAAGGCACGCUAUUUAUCAAGUC